GCAGCCUCGGGCAGGCAGUCAGUCACCUUCGCUCCCACUCUUCCUGCUCAUACUCAUACUGCAGCAGCCCAUAACCCUGCCACCCGUCUUUACACCGACCUCUUCGAAUACGGGGCAAUAUGAUACGAACAAAAGAGGCCUAAGUGUAAUCUGGUGUCUACAGAACGUCGCCGUCCGACACCUGUGCUUGACCCUGCGUCAGAAGGAAGAUCACAAGGCCGUCAUUCCCCGCCGAAAUUGCCCUUUUGGCCCGGUGCUCGCCAGCAAGAUGAACUGCGAAAUAUGUCACCGCCCCCACCAUCCGCAAAAGCUUCCAUUUCUAUGCGUUAUUGACUGCAGGAACCGGCUGUAUGCCGGCCGCGUCGCUCAUGCAACUGCACUGAUCGAGAACGAGGCCCUCAGCGGCAAGAUCGGUUCCACUCUGACAAGCACGAAUCCUCCUUGGAGCGGCGACGCUGUCGCCAAGACCAUCUAUGUGCAGAGGGUGAAAUCCGAGGAAGCGCAGGCCGCGGAUAGGACAAGUCGGAUCAUUUCCCAGGCAGACAGGCUACGCGCUGAGAUUGACGCGGCGCGAAGAGAAAUUGCCGAUCGCAAGAGUAGGAACACUAGGAGAAAGGAAGAUCUGGCCGAGGCUUCCAACGGUAUCGAAUCAAGACGUUCUAGGCACGUGGAAGAGGCCGAAAGGGCAAUCCAAAUGACAAAGUAUAAGUGGAACCGUAGCUUCGAGAGUAUGGCUGCCACCAGGAGCUACUUGUGCAUGGAAGCCGCGAGGUUGUACGGACUUCACCGCGUGAAGAAGGGCAAUUCGGUGAAAUUCGAGCUGGCUGGUGUGGAAAUGAUAGAGUUGCCUGGCAUGAUCACCGCAACCCCGGAGGCAAUCUCAACAUCCCUUGCGCACAUAUCGCAUAUCCUUAUGUUGGCCUCUCAUUACUUGGCAAUACGCUUGCCGGCUGAGGUUACACUUCCUCAUCGUGACUACCCAAAACCAACUAUUUUCUCGCUGGCAUCCUCCCACCGUCACGGCGAGGUGCCAUUUCCCGGGACCGUUGUGUUGCCUCCAUCUGAGCCGCGAGACCAAAGUCAAAAGCAUACCCCCAGGCCUCGGCCACUCUACAUCGACAAGCCACUUUUGGCGCUGGCAAAAGAAGACCCUUCUACAUAUUCACUUUUCAUCGAGGGGGUCGUUUUGCUAGCUUACGAUAUUGCUUGGGCCUGCUGCACACAGGGAGUUCCCAUAGGCGACAAGACGUCGUAUGAGGAUGUCUGCAAUAUGGGUCGCAACCUGUACAAUCUACUCAUCGGAAACCAGUUGGCCAACAAUCCCACUGCUCGCCUUGUCCAGCAACCACCGUCGCCUGACAACACGCACAUUCCGGAGUCCCCUGAACAGAUCAAAGACCAUUUCGGCUGCAAUGCGAAACCCAUGAUGGGGCGCUUCUCUCACGGAACCGUUCACACCUUCCUUGGGGCUGCCGAGGGCAAUGAGUUCACUCGAGGAUUCAAGCUUCCCAACCCGGUGAAAUUGGCCGAUCGCCUCAAGAAGAAAUUGUUGAGCGAUGCAGAUGGACUCGAUUGGGAGAUGUUGAAUGACGACGCUUGGGCGGUGGAAGAGCCCAUGGAGGAAGGGGUUCAAGGAGAAGGCAAGCAGCAUGGCGAAUCGGGUCAAAGAUUAUUUGGCGUAGAAAGUGUGAUGUCCACUGCAACGGUGAAGGCUAAUCUAGACUCGAUAGUUGCGGACUUUGCACAAGUGGCUCUGGAUGACGGUGCUUCCAGCCCGAAGACACCCGGGACGAGCGGCUGGACAAAGCUCAAGUCAAGGUAGCCAGCCAUUGAGGCUCUGGAGGAUCAUCAGAGGGCGUCAGAGGCACGAUAUGCAUGAUUGACAUGCGGCCAUGUCAGCUGACACUUACCAAAUGUCGAGCUACUGCCGGGGGGAAAUGGGCGAACCUAUACCUCUGUAGGGCGGUUAUGGCACUUUUGUACUGGCUUCCCGGAUUCCAAUACCAAGUCAGGUCUACCAAUUUGGAUUCUCGCUGCAGUGCCCAAAGAAGGGAAAGAAUCAUCAUUUCAUGAA